AACUGCGGCUGUAAUUGAUUUUCAUCAUAAAACAGGCAAAUAUAAAUAUCUGUUAAUUGAUUGCCACACACGGCUUCAAAUAGCUGAAAUCGUUGCGAAAAUCGCGCCAAGACCAUAAAAGCGACGCUCAACAAAAAAUGAAACUGUUCACAAACAAAACCCAGCGCAAUGCAAAGCUUUUGCGUUGCGCUGCAAUUGGCAUGACGCUGAUUUUCUUUGGAGCGGCGAUCUUUAUGACAAAUCCAAGCAAACUGAUCGGCGAUUGGCAAAUCAGCUUGGGCCCCAGCACACUGCUCUACAAGCUGUGGCUCUAUCCACCGUUGGACGUCUACAUCACGGUCUACAUGUUCAACUACACGAACGUGGAUGCGUUCAUAAAUGGCACCGAUGCCAAGCUGAAAGUGGAGGAGGUUGGACCUUACGUCUACCAGGAGAUUCUCUCCAAUCACAACGUAACACUGAACUAUCACAAUAACACCAUCACCUAUACGCCACGGCGUGAGUAUAUUUUCGUGCCGGAGCGCUCGGUGGGCGAUCCAAAAGUCGACCGCAUCCGGGCGCCCAAUAUACCCUACAUGGGCGUCAGCACGCAGGCGGCCAGCCUCUCCAUGUUCGCAGCACUGGGGCUAAGUGCGCUGGCCAAGCGACUCAAUGCUCAGCCCAUGCUGGAGGUCACCGUUCACGACUACAUGUGGGGCUACGAGGAUCACUUGGUGCACCUGGCCUCCAAGUUUGUGCCCAGCCUGAUCGAUUUCUCCAGCUUUGGCAUUAUGGAGAAGCUGUUUCGGGAGGGAAACGAGAGCAACGUGGUCAAUAUGCAUUUGGUGGAGCCCAAGGAUAGGCAUGGAGUUAAGCUGCCCGGCGCACCGCGCGCCUACUCCCUCAACAGCGUCAACUACGAGCGCGGCUUCAAGCGCUGGGAAUACGAUGAGGCCACCAACGGCACUCACUGCAAUCGCAUUUGGGGAAGCCACGAUGCAACACUCUUUCCACGCGACAUGAACGAGCACGACACGUUCUACAUGUAUCGGCGUACUUUCUGCCGGCUCUUGCCCAUGAGAUUCAAUCGCACGCUGACCUUCAAGGGCCUCGAUGCCUACGAGUACGUCAUGAACCCCAAAAUCUUUGACAGCGAGCUGCACAGCCCAAACUCUUCGUGCUUCUGCAAGAACAACCAGUGCCUCAAGCGGGGCGUGGGCAAUGUCUCGCCCUGCUACUACAAUAUGCCCCUGGCUAUUACCUAUCCGCACUUUAUGCAUGCUGAUCCCACCUUGCUGAGAGCCUUCGAUGGCCUCAAUCCCAACGAGUCCCGCUUUACAUCCACUGUCAUGCUGCAGCCGCAACUGGGCGUACCCUUGCACGUCCAUGUGCGUCUGCAGGCCAACCAGGUGGUGGGAAAUAUCAAAUUCAAUCGUUUGAUGGAGCCCUUCGAGAAUCUAGUGCUGCCCCUGCUCUGGGUGGAUCUCACCAUUGAGAACCUGCCACUGAGCCUACAGCUGCUGACGCAUACGCUGAAAUAUGCUUUGCCCAUACUGCAGCUCGUCAUCGCGUCGAGCCUCCUGCUGGGCGGGCUCUAUCAGCUGAUCGCAGCGUUUAUGCUGUGCUUCUGGUCGCCGCCGGCUGGUCUGCACAAGGCGGAGCUGGGCGAGAAGUCGAUCAACGUUCUGGGCAACCUGACCCUGGCCACGUCCCUGCACAAGGCCACCUCGCCGGAGUGCGUUCCGCCGGAGGCACAGAAGCUGCUGCCCAAUGACGAUGCGUACAGGCUUGAGGUGUGAAAGGGUUCAGCAAAGUUUGCAAAAAUUGGACAAUUACCUCAAUCCGCAACGGACAGAGAUCCGACUCUGUCCAGACUCUGUGAUACUAAGAGCUAAGCUAAUAAGGAGAUUUGGUGUGGAUUAUAUUCUGCUCAAUGGAAACAACUUAGGGAACAUUCUAUGCUUAUGUAAAAAUUAAGGUUAACGGUAAUUCAGAUUCGUAGUCGCAUGCAAUGUACAGCUAAGCUUGCACUCGAUAAAUAUACGCAGCAUGAUAACUGUAAA